AUGGUUAAAGCACUUGUUUGCACUCAAGAUUGGUUACACACCUCUCGGUCACCUAUUAUAAUAGAGGAAAGUUUAAUUGCCUUGGAAGAGUUUGAGGAAGUAGUUUUGAGCUCCAUGAAGCGAGAUACGGAAAUUGAAGAAAUUACAGAAGGGAAUUAUUCCAUAAUUUUAGCUGAGAAACAGACGAGGAGGCCUGACCCUACGGAUGGCUUUCGUACGUAUACAGGAGGAUGGGAUAUAACUAAUCAACAUUACUAUGCAUCAGUUGCUUAUACUGCAUUUCCAUUCAUGGCGAUGGCUAUAAUUUGGUUCGUGGUGGUGGGUAUGUUUCUUAUAUGUGCCUGCAUCUGUUGCUGCUUCUGCCAACGCAAGAAACCCUUCGGCUACUCCCGAUAUGUUUAUGCAUUCUCUCUCGUCUGUCUCAUCCUUUUCACCAUAACUGCAAUAGCGGGAAGCUAUGUGAUGUUCACCGGAGAAAAAAGAUUCCUGGAAAGUGUAAAGAAAUUCACAAGCUACUUGGUGAACAAAGCGGUAAGCAUCUGGGACAAUCUUGUACGCAUACAGAAUCUAUUAAUAUCGGCCAAGGAGGUUCUGAACAAAGAUUAUGUGCCUGAUGAACUGAAAGAGAAUAUCGACAAGGCCAAGCAGAUGAUUCACUCCAUCGGAAGGCUUCCUCAGAUCAGAGCCGAAGACAUCACCACUGAAAUCAAAGAGUUCUUUAAAAAUGCGAACACUGCUCUUGUUGAUAUUCCCAGCAUCAUGCUCGUCUUGGCAUUUCUCGGAUUGGUGUUCUCCAUUCUCGGCAUGAAAACCUGUGUGUAUAUAUUCGUGGUCCUUGGGUGGAUUAUCAUAUCACUCACAUUCAUCUUAUGCGGAAUGUUUCUGGUGUUCCAUAGCAUAGUGUCGGAUACAUGCGUUGCGAUGGGCGAAUGGGUCGAAGACCCAACGGUGAAUUCGGCACUGGAGCAAAUUCUCCCGUGUGCGAACAAGGAAGCAGGCGAGGAGAUCAAGCAAGCAGGCAAAGCCGUGACCACAAGUAUUAACGAUUUGCUGAACCAAGACAUUAACUUUUCCAACGAAAAAACUGAUCAUUACAAUCAAUCUGGUCCCUUAGUGCCUUUGGUCUGCGAUCCGUAUAAACAUCAAAACUCUCAACAGAAUUGUGGUGAUCUAGUGCCAUUAAAAAAAGCACAAGAGGAAUGGAAGAAAUACGUAUGUGAAGUUUCAAAAAAGGGAUUUUGCAUCACACAAGGGCGUUUAACGCCAGAUAUGUACGAGGAGAUGAGUAAAGCAGUGAAUAUAAGCUACGGGUUAUACGAAUCCAGUUACUUCUUGCCCACCGUUGUAGACUGCACUGUUGUAGAAGACACUUUGAGGAACAUAACACAAGAUCAUUGUCCAAAUCUGAAGAAAUACAGUGCAUGGGUUUACGGUGGUUUGGUCGGCGCCACCAUUUCGUUGAUGUUCUCCUUGUUCUUUUCCUUGCUAUACUCUAGAGAAAGGCGACACCGUAAGUACACCGAAAAAAUCAAUAAAGGCUACGACGAGUCGCCUCUGGUUGGAGGGAAGAAGUUGUAG